AUGGUCCAAGAAUUUGGGCUCACAGAAAAGCAAGAAGACAUUGGAUAUUUCGCAGGUCUCCUUGCCUCCAGCACAUUCGUUGGAAGCCUUCUCUCAAGCUUUUUGUGGGGAUCAUUGUCAGAUCGAAUUGGAAGACGACCUAUUCUUUUGAUGACACAGCUGAGUACGUUAAUCUGCGGGUUACUGUUUGGAUUCAGCACUUCUUACCGAAUGGCGAUGUUUGCAAGAUUUCUGGACGGCUUUUUCAGCUCAAUUGGAGUUGCUAAAACGUCGUUAUCUGAGAUUACCAACGACACCAACCAGGCGAAGGGGUUUUCUAUAAUUGGAGUAUGCUGGGGAGUCGGCCUACUGUUGGGCCCUGCAAUUGGAGGAUUGCUGUGCCUUCCUUCGCAGAAAUAUCCAGAUGUUUUCCCACCAAAUGCCAUUUUUGACCAUUUCCCGUUUGCAUUACCGUGCCUGGUGGUUGCAACCGUCACAACAACUGGACUUGUUGUUUCCCUGUUCAUGCUUCCUGAAACACGGCCUCGUGUCAAGUCAAUUAAUGAAGUGGAGUUGGGCGUCGUAGACAGCAUUGAGCGUUUCGAAGUUGAAAAAUGUUUCAAGGAAAACAUCGACUCUCCUUCCUCAGUUCUCGAUCUCACUGAUUCCGACAAAAUGGAAUUGAGAGUUGGCGUGGACUGCAAAAAACAGCUAGACUUUGAGAAAGAGGCUUUGCUAACAGGAAAGCCAGAGGAAGUCAGCACGACUUUAAGUGAUGAGCUCUUUCGGGUUGACACAGUCUGCUCCGUCUUGAUCUAUGACCUUUUGGGCCUCGUCUAUGUUGCUUAUGAUGAACUGUUCCCACUCUGGUGCUUAUCUCGCUGGAACCUUGGUGGUCUUAAUCUUGGAUCAAAUGAAGUUGGACUUGCUCAAACAGCCGGAGGGGUGUCACUGAUUCCAUUUCAGCUCUUCGUUGAGGGUUGUUGGCACAGAUCGCACAAAGCUUCUAAUCGCCAUAAUGUCUGUCCAGAUGCUUCGAAGCGUAGCAUCCCUGUGCUCCUUCACAUCUGUUUUCAUUCUUAUUUCGAACAGCGUCAAGCGUUCUGA